CAGGCGACAUGUUUACGGGACUAAAGUACGUGUUUAUCCGUUCUACAAGAAACACUUUUACAAAAAUGCACUACAGUUCGGGGGUCACCCUUCGCCUUUCGCCCAGUUCCAAAUGUUCUUUUGAAGACCCAGUGCACGUGACCGUGACUGGUUUAAAUCCACAACAACACGUUGACGUGCGUUCUAAAAUGACGGAUGACAAUGGAGUUGUGUUCGAGGCUUUGGCCACCUACAGGGCAGACGACAAUGGUCAAGUUGACCUCAACUGUCAUUCCUCCCUUGGUGGCAGCUUUACCGGCGUAGAACCAGCAGGCUUGUUCUGGGCACUGAAAGCCAAAUUCCUACACUUCAAGUUCACAAAAAAGGACGUGACCCGUCCUUCUUUCGUUGACUUUGAGGUUCUGAGCAAUGACAACGUCAUCGCCAAGGUGACAAACGAGAGACAUUGCAUGGCUGAAGGUGUCCGGAGAGUUCCUGUAGUCGAAGGCAGGAUCAGAGGAACUCUUUUUCUGCCUCCUGGUACAGGACCAUUUCCUGGGAUUUUGGAUACAUAUGUAUUUAAAGGAGGUCCUUUUGAGUUGAGAGCAGCUCUGCUGGCAAAGAAAGGUUUUGCAACACUUGCCUUGGCUUUCCAGGGUUACCAAGAUUUACCCAAAAAAUCUGAAAAAUUUGACCUUGAAUACUUUGAAGAGGGUAUAACAUUCCUAAGGCAACAGCCUGAGGUCAAAGGCCAAAAAAUUGGCUUAGUAUCCAUAUCAAAGAGUGGAGAUCUCGCCUUGUCCAUGGCAUCAUUCCUACCUGAUAUAUCGGCUACUGUUUGGAUCAAUGGAUGCAAUGCCAAUACUUUGGUCCCAAUUCACUACAAAGACAUCUGCCUUCCACCCCUUUUGUUUGACAAUAACAGAGCAAAAAUAACACCAUUAGGCUAUUUAGAUAUUGGUGAUGUUAUGCAUGACCCUAUGUCCAAAGAAGGCCUUCCUAGUGUUAUUCCCAUUGAGCGUGCCACUGGUAGCUUCAUGUUUAUAAUGUCAGAAGCUGACAGGAAUUGGCAAAGUGCCUAUUAUGCCAAACUAGCAUGCAAAAGACUCAAAGAUCAUGGCAAAAACAACUACGAACUGGUGACGUAUGAAAAGGCAGGUCACUUUAUUGAGGUGCCCUAUAUGCCUUUUUGUCUAGCUAAUUUCCAUGCUGCAGCAGGUCAAGUGGUUUUCUUUGGCGGGGAGCCCAAGGCCCAUGCAGAGGCACAGUUGGACGCUUGGUCGAAGAUUCUAAAUUUCUUCAAAAAACACUUAGUAGGUACUUAGUACUGCAGAUCAAUGCUUUGAGAAAGGGGGCACAUACAUUACAUAGUUCACUUCUUGGGGGUGGUAAAUAAUAAAUAAUUAAUCAAGCCAGUGUUUGAUUAAUGUACGAUUUGAUUUCAGUUAUGUGUUUAUUACUCAUAAAAUGUAUGGAGAAAUGUUUCAUAGAAGCAACCAGUGACUAUACGUGUUGCCUCUGGAUGUCACAUAUAUAAUUAGAAUUGGUGUUAUGCAUCUGUAUUCCUGUUUGUGCAUUCUCUCUCUCAGCAUCUCUACUCAAGUCCAUUUUAUAGUACUGCCUCUGGUGCCUUCAUUUCACCUGAUCAGCCUUAGUGAAGGGACAUUUUCUCUCCAAUCUUUUCAAAUGUUUAGAGACUUAGAGACUCUUUACUUUAAUUGUUCUGAGAUAGUUUCUUCGUCAAAAUCAAUGUAUAAGUGCCUGAUUUUUGUGUCUUCUUGCACUGUGGAGAAUAAUAGUUCUUGUUUAUUGUAUUGGUCUCUGAUUUGUAUUUUUUGGAUAUAUGUGACCCUUACACAUUCGUGGAUUGAAGGUAUACUAAUCAACAUACAUGAUGGGAAUCCAACUUCCUAUGCUAUAAAACUAAAAGCAUCUUCUGACAGAAUUGCUGAAUACUUUGCAGACACUUUGUUAUACUGAUAUGUUAAUUGUAUUCCUUCUGAUUUUUAGUAAUUUUUAGUGUUCAAGAUUGUAAUGCUAUUUCUUUAAUAAGAAUAAA